AUGGUUAAAGUAAAAGUGCAGCAGGGCUGGUUGUGCGGUGAACAGCUGGACACGGUACAAGGUGAUGGCCAAUAUUACAGCUUCAAGGGCAUUCCUUACGCUGAACCGCCUUUGGGCAAGCUAAGAUUUAAGGCUCCAAGACCACCAUUGCCUUGGAACGAUACAAGACAAGCUACGGAACAUGGUCCAAAAUGUCCACAAAUGGACUUCCUGAUUACUCAAGAACUCAUUCCUGGUAGUGAAGAUUGCCUCUAUCUUAACGUUUACACACCAGACUUAAAACCAGUAUCCCCCUUAGCCGUCAUGGUUUUUAUUCACGGAGGUGGCUAUAAAAGUGGGGCUGCACAGAAACGAGCAUUUAUACUCGGAAAAGAACUAGGCUUAGAGACUAAUGACCCAAAUGUUCUGCUAGAGUUUCUACAAAAUGUCCCAGUAGAACAACUAAUCGAUGUUAACCCUACAAUAUUGUCUUUUGAAGAUUUUAAUAAUAAUCCAUUUAAAAUGUUUUCUUUUACGCCGGUUGUCGAAAAAGAUUUUGGUGAAGAACAUUUUAUUACAGAAAACCCUUUAAAAAUAUUGAAAGACGGAAAAAUAAAUGAUGUAGACGUCUUCAUUGGUCACACUAACAACGAAACAUUGGUGGGAAUUAACUACUUUGAAGAAAAACUGUUGAAAAACUAUAACAGAUAUCCAGACUGUGUAGUGCCCCGGAAACUGUUAUAUGAAUGUACUGCAGAUCAGAUAUUACACCUAUCGGAAAAGAUUCAUCUUUAUUACUUUAAUGGAAAGCCCAUCGGUAUUGACACUAUGAAAGAGCUUAUAACGUAUGGCAACCAUACUUCUUUUGUGUACGAUAUCAACCUGUUUCUAUCAAAGUUAGCGGAAGUUAGUAAAAGUCGAAAAUACAUGUACACAUUUUCAUGUGUUUCGGAAAGAAAUGUAUACGGCAAGCAAGGUUUAAAGUAUGGUAUCCAAGGCGCAUCCCAUUUGGAUGAUUUGAUGUAUUUAUUUUAUGCAAACUUACACAAUGUGAAGUUAGAGAAGAAUACUAAAGAAUAUGAUCUGGUUCAACUAGUUUGUAAAGUUUUUACCAACUUUGCCAAGUAUGGAAAUCCAACGCCGGACUCUUCACUUGGAGUGACUUGGCCAGAAUAUGACAACACUACAAAAUCAUUCGUGGAUAUAGGAGAUAAACUCACUAUUGGCGCUGACUCAGAAAAAGAAGCCAUUGAGUUUUGGAGGAACCUAUACGCUUCCGUAGGAUCGGAAUAUGCGAUUUAA